CUCCCAGAAUUCCUCAGCUGGCUAUGCAGGCUGAGGAAUUCUCGGAGUUGAAGUCCACAAGUCUUAAAGUUGCCAAUUGUGCAGGCCAAUUCUUACUCAGAAGUUAAGUCCCACUAAGUUUUCAUGUUAAUAUACAUAGGAUUGGCUCCUUUAUUGGGAAGGAGAUUUUGAACAGAAACCAUUGGAAAGAAGCCAGAUAUGUAUAUAAUAAAAGGGGGUUUAAUAGAUUUGUGCUUGGAGCACAGGAUAUAUACUGUAUUAAGAUAAAACACAUCUGAAUGCAAGUGUGGAAAUCUUGAGAAUUGAAGCGAAAAUUGUGGGCUGAAUAAUUUUGGAUAAUUGACUACAGCUUUUGGUUGGGGAGAAGAAUGAAUAGUUGGGGAGUGGUUGCAGUAGUGUAGAGAAUAUGAAAUUAUUUAAUAAAAGGGUUCCUCUAGAAAGCAUGUACCAUUAAAUUCUGCUCUACUGUUGAGAAAAUUAUGGGAUCUGGUGGCGAGGUAUAAAUGAGUAGGAAAGAAAUGGGCAUUUUUCAGGAAAAAUAAGUGAUAAAAUGUGUAAUUGUCUGGAACAGGGAAUAAGGAACUAACAAAAAGGAAAAAUAGUUCAUAGAAAAAAGACUGCAGUCUUUCUUGAUUUCAGGUGGUGGAGGAUAUUACCCAUAUGGUGAUGUGAAAAAAGUUUUCUUCUGCCUCUUCUCAUACUGUCUUUAAGUAUCAGAGGCACCAGAGGUGCUAGUCUGUGAGAGCCAUGUACAAUGGGAUAGGACUCCCCACUUCCCGGGGCAGUGGUACCAACGGUUACGUGCAACAGAACCUCUCGGCAGCACGUCACAAGAAGGAUCGGGCUGACUACAAGUCGGAAGAGGAGCUGAGGAAACUGGAGUCAUCUUUGGUUAAAAAACCAAACCAGGACAUCCUGGAUCACGAGCGCAAAAGGAAGGUUGAGUUGAAAUGCUUAGAACUGGCUGAGCUCAUGGAAGAGCAAGGGUAUGAAGAAGGGGAGAUUCAGGAGAAAGUGGCCACUUUUCGGAUGAUGCUUCUAGAAAAAGAUGUGGCAGUUGUCAAAGAGGGGGAACAGCAGCAGAAGUCUAGUAUUACAGAGACCCAUCAGCUGGCUGAGGCCAAUGAAAAGAAGAAUGAGAGGCUGCGAGCUGCUUUUGGGAUCAGUGAUAGUUAUGUGGAUGGCAGCUCUUUUGACCCCAACCCCAGGGCCAAGGAGGCAGCAACAGCUGCAGUGGCUAAACAACAGCAGGAGCAGCACAGUCUUAUUAAAGACUCCAGCAGUUCUCGGUCACCAUCUCCAAAAUGGAAGAAGAAGAAGAAGAAAGACAGAGGCAGGUCUGAGAGCAGAUCACCUUCUCGAAGAGAAAGGAAAAAAAGCUCAAAGAAAAAGAAACACAGAUCAGAAUCAAAGAAAAGGAAGCACAGAUCUCCAAGUCCCAAAAGCAAACACAAAUCCAAGGAAAAGAAACGGAAGAGGUCCACCAGUGAGUCUGCAUCUCAGAAAGACCAUCAGGAUUGCUCUUCCUCCCCAGAUGGUUCUUCCACAUCAGAUGCAUCCCACAGCAGAUCAGGCAGCCCCAUUGUUCAAAAAAGGAGCUUCCUUAGACAGCAGAGCAAGUCUCCUUUGUCAAGUUCACGAAAACCAGACACUGAAGCGGUUUCUAAGAAUUUGGGAGAGAGAGAGCAUUCACCUUCUGCUGAGCCUGCCUGGCGAGGCAGGAGCACAAGUCCUCGAGAAAGCAGAGAAAAGCAGGAGGUAAAGUAUAAUACAUGCAUUAGGAAAGAGAAACAUUUACAUAAAUAAAGUCACU